AUGUACUUGGCGUCCACCAAGUUUAAGACAUACCUCCCGGACUGGGCCACCACGGUGGUGCUUCUCGUGGUGUUUUUUGGCUACUUGGAGCACGCCACUCCGUUCAUCAGACAGUUUUCCAUUUCUGACCAGUCCAUCUCCCACCCAUUUGCCGUGGUGGAACGCGUCAACGACGUGCAAUUGUACCUCUGGGCCGUCAUAGUGCCCAGUGUGGUGUUGGUGGUGCUUUCUGUGGUCAAUGCCUCGUCCCAGCUCGACAGACUCCAUCUCAUCCAGGUGUCGAGCGUGGGGCUCUGGUUCACGGCAGUCAUCACCUCAGUGGUCACUGAUAUCUUGAAGUGCUUGAUCGGAAACCAUCGUCCUGACUUCCUUCAGCGCUGUGGCGCUGCUGCGUCCACUCCUGCCCAUGUUUUGGUUGGUCUCGACGUGUGCACAGCUCCCAUGGGCCAAGGCACCGUGGUGGAAGGGUUGAAGUCCACACCUUCCGGACACUCGUCGUUGGCAUUCGCUGGCUUGGGUUACUUGACGUUGUGGUUGUUGGGCCAGUACAAAUUGUUGAACCUGUUAGAGUCCAAAACCACCUCGCGCCCAGUGGCCUUGUGGCUUGUGCUCUGCUCGCCGUUGUUGUUGGCUGCCUACAUUGCCUUGAGUAGGACCCAGGACUACAGACACCAUUUCUUUGACGUGGCGUUUGGCAGUUUUAUUGGGAUUGUGUUUGCAAUUUGGGGCUACUUUCACUACUUCCACUCGUUGUUGGAUGCAAACUCGCACCUCCCGUUGGAUGCCAUGGAGUAG